UACGUACCGACAAGUUUGUUUGCGGACACGAUUACGUAGUUGCAAAUAUGCACCAUCCGUGAACAAUUGCGCUGGUUUACUGGGUGGUAAAGCUAGUACACAUUCUCUUGUGGCCCUGGGCGUUCUCAGUCUUCUUCUCCAAACCACGCCUUCUCUCUGAGUAAAAAUUAUUCAACAUCAGGAGCAAAUUAACAUACGGACGAUUUGACAUAAGCAGAUUCACGAGAUGGCUGUCAAAGAGAAACAAACCGAAAAUUCGAUCGACGAAAUCGAAUGGAACGUGGAGAACGAGAUUCAGCUCUUCUUUGCCAUGAACGGACACAAGCCAGUUGGUAUUAACAAGUAUUUUCAUAUGGUGUGCAUAUGGGAAAAAUUUCGUGCUGCCAUUCAUAAGGAUGUUUCUUUGAAGCUAAUUUGGGAUCAUUUGGAAUCUAUGUAUGAUCUUGUAGGUUUGGACGACAUGGAAGAAGAUUUACCAUUUCCAAGUCACGAGAUAGAUUUUUAUCUGCCAGAAACGGAAUUUAUGUUGAAACCUCGACGAAAAGAGGAAUUAGAAACAAAAGUAAAAGAUCAGAAAGAUAAGUACAAGGAAAUUAAAAAAGAGAAAGAUGUCAAAGAUAGUUCCAAGAAAGAUAGUAUGCUACGUGAUUUUAAAGGGAGUAAAGAUAUUGAAAAGAAAAAGGAAGACAUCAAGAAGUAUGUAAAGGAUGUAGAAAUAAAAAAAGAUAAGCUGAAAGAUGUGAAAGAUGUGAAAAAAGAAUAUAAAUCUAUGAAAGGACGUUCAAAAGGAAAAGAUGAUCUGGAUGAGAGUGUAAACGGAAAGAGAGAACGUAGAGACUCUGAAUCUAGUCGCGAACUUCUGAAGAGAAUUCCUAAACGACCGACCAGACAAAGCAUGGACAAUACCUGUAAAGUUUCUAGCCCACGUGAUACACCUCCAUUAAAACGAAGAAGAAUAUAACAAUUACUGUAAAUAAAAACGAUCUCAUGUUCUUCUGUACAUCUAGUGGUAAACUCUAGCAUAUAUGUAACACUUAUUAUAAUAUCGUUUUUCAUAAUUAGUCCAUAUACUUAAGUAUAUAUAAACGAAGGGAAAGCUGUAAUUUUUUUAUAUUUUAUAGAGUUAUGUGUAUAAAUAU